CUGUUGAAUGGUCCAUCACACUAUUCAUUUCAUGCACAGUUAAAUCUUCAUGAUUCAUAUAUAGAUAUAUACACAGACACAGAGAAACUCUCUCUCUCUCUCUCUCUCUCUCUCUCUCUCUCUCUAUGCUGGUGAAGAAUUCUGCAGAGGCAAACAAAGCAACACGAAUAUGUCAAGGAAGCCCAACCGGUUAGGACCGAAGCUUGAACGAAGAAACGCAAUCAAGAACAUCGAUUAUGACGCCUCUACAUCAUCAUCAUCCUCAUCCUCAUUCUCAUCCUCUCAUGGUGGAUCAGCUCAUCGUACUCGAUCACUUGAUAUUGCUUUGCUCUCUGAUCAAACUAGUUUCAGGAUUGGAGGGAUUGAUGGCGAAGUCGACUUGAUUUGUCGCUCUCUAGGGCUUUCAGGGCCGGAAGACUUCGAGAUUCCGGCGGAUGCUUGGAAAGCUCGUAAAGCUUCCUUCCCUACGGAUGCCGAUUCUCCGCCGAGUUUUACGUUUCCUGAUCAGUAUGCGACUCGAAAUUCACAGGGGAGUGGUUUGUCGGAGAUUUUUGGAAGUAAAGUUAAAGUUAAUGAUGACGAGGUCAAGCGUGAAUCAGAGCGUUCUAGGUUACCGCAGGCAGAAGAAGCUAGGGUUUUGCGGACAGACGAGGUUGAGGAACGUGAUGACGAUGUCAAUGAAUGUGGAAUUAAUGAGGUAAAAUGUGUAACUGGUUCGCAAUUGGGAACUGGUGUUGGCUUAGUUAACGCCGAGAGCUCUCCGGUCUUCGAUGACGACGGCGCGUGUAAAUCUCGUGAGAAACGUUAUGUAGAGGGUCAAAGUGGAAUCAAGGGUGUACGGCCGCCGUUACUUGCUCCUCCACCGGGUAUAUCAAAGUCACGAGUGGUGGUCGAUAACCUGGGUUCCAGCUGGGAGCUAAUUUGGGGUUUUGCUACAAAGGACGACGAAGACUCUGCAUCGGCUGGACCAAUUGCAAUAGUUGGGGCUUCAAAUGAAGAUGCCAACACCGAUGUUCAUGAACAAAUUGGUGUUAAAGAGGAAAAUCAAAACGGGGGGAUAACGUCGGGAAACGAUGCCAUCGUUUCACCAAGUAGUUCAAAUACCUUGGAUGACGAAGAUGAAGAUGAAGAUGAUAUUUCCUCAAACGCAGCCACUGAACUUGAGGAUUCCGAUUCACCUAAUGGACCUCUGAGGUACAAAAGCUGGCAGAAAGGUGACUUUCUUGGAAGGGGGUCAUAUGGAACUGUUUAUGAAGGUUUCACCGAACAUGGAAUAUUCUUUGCUGUGAAGGAGGUUUCACUUCUUGAUGAAGGAAGCCAAGGACAGCAGAGCAUUGUUCAACUCGAACAGGAGAUUUCUUUAUUAAGCCAAUUCAAACAUGAGAACAUAGUUCGAUAUCUUGGGACAGAUACAGGUGAUGGAAAACUUUACAUUUUCCUUGAGCUUGUAACUAAAGGUUCACUAGCAAGUCUUUAUCAAAAAUAUCAUUUGGGAGAUUCCCAAGUCUCUGUAUACACCAGACAGAUUUUGAGUGGGUUGAGUUACCUACAUGAGCGCAAUGUUGUUCAUAGGGAUAUAAAAUGUGCUAAUAUAUUGGUUGAUGUAACCGGAUCUGUGAAGCUUGCAGAUUUUGGGUUAGCAAAGGCAACCAAAUUGAAUGACAUUAAAUCUUGCAAAGGGACACCAUAUUGGAUGGCACCAGAGGUUGUGAAUCGAAAAAACAACGGGUAUGGACUUGCAGUUGAUAUAUGGAGUCUUGGUUGCACUGUGUUGGAGAUGUUAACAAGAAAAAUUCCAUACUCUCACUUGGAAGGGAUGCAAGCAUUGUUCAGAAUCGGGAGGGGUGAACCCCCUCCUAUUCCUGAGACAUUGUCAGUAGAGGCCCAAGAUUUCAUUGUGAAAUGUUUACAAGUUAACCCAAUUCAUCGUCCAACUGCUGCUCAAUUAUUAAUGCACCCCUUUGUCAAUAACAACAACAAUAGGUCUGUAUGAAUUAAGACAAUGAUAUCUAUGGUAUGUGUUGAUUGAUGAUAGCAUAGCAGCUACAAAGAAGCUUCUUACAUGUAUAAUAAUAAUACAAGCAGCAUUUAUUGGGAUGGGAGAAAUUGAGAAUUGUGAAGAUGAUGUAUUAUUAGCAGAUGUAUAUAACCAACCACCUUUGUAGAGUGAUUUUGUUGUACAUACUAAUAUCAGUAUUUCUUGUAAUUUUAGUUUUUUUUGUUGCAAAUAGGCUAAUAUCAUUCUUGUAAAAAAAAUGUUACACUUAAUAAGAGUGUUUGUUAUAUACAAAAUGGUGUUUAUUUCUAUAAA